GCCGCCAUCUUUGUUCGGGGCAGAGUCCCGGGAUCGGGGCAAGAGACAGAGUGAGGCUCCUCGCCGCCUGCCGUCCGGCGGGGGAGACAGAGAGACAGAGGUCGCCCGCUUGCCCGCCGAGGGGCCUUGGCCUGCAGUGACGCCGUAAGAAAGCGGACUCGGGUAUUGCCCAUCCCCGAGGCCGGUUCGGGCUGUGUGUCCAGACUCGCUGACCGUCGGGCCUUCAGGAUCGAUGGCGGGCCCGGCUCUGAGCCGCUGCCUCUCGGCCUUGGCCACAAACCCCGCGCUCCGGCUCCGGGCCCUGAAUGUCUGCUCGGCUUGCGGCGUGGGCCAGCGCCAGCAGCACGCCCGGCUCCUGUCGUCCAGGAAUCGUCCUGAAGGCAAAGUUUUGGAGCCAGUUGGAGUGUUUGAGGCACUCAAGCAACAAGGAAAAUAUGAAACGGGGCAGCUAUUUCUGCACAGUGUGUUUGGUUACCGAGGGAUAGUCUUGUUCCCCUGGCAUGCCAGGCUAUAUGACCGAGAUGUUGCAUCCUGUAGUUCUGAAAGUAAAACAGAAAACUCCGGAACUCAAGGUUCCAAAGAGGUCAAAGGUAAAACACACACUUACUACCAGGUGUUGAUCGAUACCAGGGACUGUCCUCAUAUAGUAAGUGUGAGCACUACACACCAGCAGUCAGGGACGGGGUGGCUUAUUCAGGACACUGCUCUCAGAGAUUUUUGUGUGGGAAGGUAUAUUCUAAAAAGGCUAACAAGCAGGGGUACGUUCCGCUUCGAGAAGCCGGAAGGUUCUCAGCUUGAUGUUCGCAUCCCGCCGUUUUCCCUGGAGAGCAAUAAGGAUGACAAGGCCCCUCCUGCUGGCUACAGCUGGUAGAGCUCCAUCUGCUGGGACCCUGGGCUGGCUGACAGCAGGAAGAUUCUGCUUACAACUUCACUGGAGAGGGGAUAAAAUGAAGGAGAAAGUCUUCCAUUGCCAGUCCUUUAACAGAUCUCCCUGGCUUGCUGUAUAAACACCAAUCACAUUUGUCUGUUUUUGCUGAAGAAAUUAUUUUGGAAGUGCAA